AUGACGACAGAAAAGGUAGCUCGAGGUGCAACCCGACCACUCCGAAAGGUCCAGUCACAUCGGAUAGUCGUCCGAACGAUGCGAACGGUUAUGACUUGGGCGGAACAAGACCACUGGGAGGACCCUCGCGGCCCUUUGGGCAUUGACAGACCAAGUCCAAAGCUUGCCCCUCUCACUUCUAAGAGUCCGCAGUGGCUUCACGACCUUCAUCAGCAUGGUUGGGCUCUAGUGAAGGGGGCAGUUCCCAAGGAAAGGGCUCUCAAAUACGCCGACAAGGGCGAGGAUUGGCUCGAGGGAUUCAAGAUGGGAUACAAGCGCGACGACCCUUCAACAUGGAAGUCAAAGAACAUCCCACGACAUCGCCAUGGAGGACUCUUUGAUCAUUUCUCGUUUGCUCACGCUCAAUUCGUCUGGGAUUGUAAAUCGGAGCCUGGUGUUCGGGAUAUUUUUGCGAAAGUUUGGGGUACCGAUAAGCUAACGGUCUCGUUUGACGGAGGCACGCUAGCUAUUCCCACUCCUGAGGAAGCUGACCACGGCAAAGCGCCCUGGCCGCAUUCAGAUCAGAGUGCCUACCGACCUUGGCCUCAUUGUAUUCAAGGUCUGCUGAACCUCCUCCCAAAUGGCCCCAAAGAUGGGGGCCUGGCAGUUAUGUCAGGUACCGCUCCUCUAUUUAAGCAAUACUUUAAGGAGCAUCGACCACCUGACGGUGGGUGGAUCAAGAAAGACCUUUUCAAUUGGACGGAUGAGGAGCUUCAGUGGUUUAAGGACCGUGGCUGCGAGUGGGUGAAGCCCAGCAUGGAUCCCGGUGACUUUGUUCUCUGGGAUUCACGCGCUGUGCAUUACGGAGCCGCGCCCCUCGGUAACGACAAGCGCAUGGCGGUUUAUACGUGCUACAAGCCCAUCGAAUUCCUAACUGAAGAGCAAAGAGAGCGCAAAGUCGAGGCCUUCAAGCGAGGUUAUAUGACUUCGCAUGAUCCUACUGACUUUGUGCUGAAGGAAGAACAAAUGGCGGACUGGAACCUCCUCCAUCCUUACAGGCCACCGACUAUCAAUAAGGAGACUCAGCAAGCUAUCGGUAUAAUCCCGUAUGAUUGA